AUGAGUUCCAACACCAACCAAAUCACAGUCACCCUGCGACAAAUCGCCAAGAUGAUCGAUCACUCUCUUCUGCACCCCACAAUGACAGAUGCCGACAUUCUUCAAGGCCUUGCUAUCGCCAAAAAGUACGGCGUCGCUACAGCCUGCGUCAAACCAUAUGCAAUCUCCAUGGCUAAGCAGGAACUUCAGGGCAGUGAUGUCUUGAUCUGUCCCGUUAUUGGCUUCCCUCAUGGAAACAGCAGCACUUCAGUCAAGCUCUUCGAAGCUGAUGUCGCUACCACUGUCGGGGGUAAUGAGAUCGACAUGGUCAUCAAUAUCGGCAAAGCACUCGGCAGUGACUGGAACUACGUCGCUGAUGAAAUCCGUCAAGUCAACAAUGUCGUUGUAAAGCGCGGUGCUAUUCUCAAAAUCAUCUUUGAAAAUGACUACCUGGAUGAGGAGCAAAUUCAGUCGGAUGGCACGUACAAUUACAAGGGUGCUACCAUUCCUCAUCUCAAGCUCAUGGUAGAGGAAUCUGGCAAGAAUGUCCAAGUCAAGGCGGCUGGAGGAGUUCGCACCCUUGACGAUUUGUUGCACGUCAUGUCGCUAGGUGUUACACGUAUUGGUGCUACAGCCACAGUUGCGAUUAUGGAGGAAGCGGUUAAGAGGGGGAUCACGGACGAGCCUACCGAGGUUACGUUCAAUCCCAUGGCUGAUAGCUCAAUCGGAGGAUACUGA